CAUUCAGUAUGUACAUAUUUACUACCAAGUACCACCAAGACAUCGUCGAGGUGUAACUUAUUUCCAUGUCUAGACUAUUAAAUUAGCUUGUUGUGGUAUUUCUGACAUUAUUAACGAUAUUUACAUGGUCAAACUGUUUUCAUAUGUAUGCAAAUACCAAAUAUUUAGCAUUUUGCGGUACUGGAAUGACCCAUGAUCAAAUUUUAUCACUGGAAUUGGGGUCAUUUUCAUAAAAGUUGUCUUUGCCGUGAAGGAUGUCUAGGAAAAUGAAAGUGUAUAAUAAAUUAACUGGAUGAAAGUGUGAAUUCAGUGAAAUUCAUGGAUUUGGGUUGAGUCCAUGAAAUUGACAGGAAGACAAAAAACCCGAUCCGGGUAUUUUGCCGUGUAUGAUGUCUCCAUGCAACCCGUCAGCACAACAAAUAGCAAAGCAAGACACAUUGACUGACUAACUCACUCAACUUAUUAUUGACAUGUUUUAAAUUACUUGUACAAUUAAACUCUUUCACUUUCAUGUGGAUUUCCUGAAAAAAAUGAAGCUAAAGUUGACCUUGGACAACAAACCGAAACAUUCCGACGUUGCGACAGGAGUUGCUUGGAGUACUGCGGACACUAUAUUUUCCUUAGGCGACGAUCACCAACUCCUCCAAUGGAACCUGGCCAAGAACGAGACGACCAAAGUAACGGAUGUUUCUUCCGAAUUAUUCCCCACAGGGAUGCAGUGGCCUCCGAAAAACGGUCUGGUCGGUGGAGUUGGCGGAAACGUUAGGAAAGGGACAGAACUUCUCCUUGUUACGGCGGCUGAUGGUCACUUUCAUCUUUUGGGGAGGGGUGGUCGUGCCGAGAAGAGUGUACAGGCACACAAAGGCGCCGUGCUGUGUGGUCAGUGGAACUGGGACGGUUCAGAACUUUUAACUUCUGGGGAAGACGGUUGCCUGCGAAUUUGGUCGAGGUCAGGAAUGUUGCGCUCAACGCUGGCACAAGCUCCUGAACCUAUUUACGCCGCCGCUUGGGCACCCGAUAACCUCGCCGUGAUUUACGCCAUUGGUCCCUCUCUAGUCAUCAAACCCACCGUUCCAAACACAAAAACGGUGCAGUGGAAGGGUCACGAAGGCGUAAUCCUUUGUCUGAGUUGGUCCCCUACGUCGAAACUGAUCGUGUCUGGGGGUGAGGACUGUCGUUACAAGGUUUGGGACUCGAUGGGACGCUCACUUUUUUCCAGUGGACUGCAUAAUCAUCCCAUCACUUCGGUAGCGUGGGCUCCCGGUGGGGAUCUUUUCUCAGUGGGAAGUUUCAACAUUUUGAGAGUUUGUGAUAGAUAUGGGUGGUCCCACUGCCUCGAGAAACUCAAAACCGGGUCCAUUUACAGCAUGCAUUGGGGUGCAGAUAGUACACAAUUUGGCUGUGCGACAUCAUCUGGUCAUGUCUUCUUGGCGAGUGUGAUUGAGCGUGCGGUGUCGUGGGGGACGUAUGAGGCCGUCCUCAAGGCGAGAAGGACCGUGGUGGUGACUGAAUUUUCAGGAAAUACGCAGGACAGGCUGGAAUUUCGGGACCGAGUGAUCAAAAUGUCGAUGGAUUACGGUUAUCUUGUCUGCGUCACGAUUUCUCAGCUCUAUAUUUAUAACGUGAAUAACGUAAACACUCCAAUGGUCACCGAGUUGAGGGAGAAUAAUUCAAUUAGUCUCAUCCUUCAGGCACCCAACCACUUUGUCCUCUGUGGGGGAUUAUCCGUCACGAUUUGGAAUUACGAUGGGAAACAGAUCGGGACCGUGAAGUGGGGUGGAAUGCGAGGGGAGAUGAUGAAUCGAGAAAAUGUGACGACUUCCACCGACGUGGUCGCUUUCAUUGACCACUCGGACCCCAAAGUGGUUCGUCUCUUUGACACUUCUUCCGGGAAACCGUUGCCCGAACUAAAGAUGAAAUCUGACCUGAAACAAAUCGCUUUGGCGAGAGACAACUAUCCCGGUUCGACAGAGAGACAGCUCGCCAUCCUCGACAAUAAUCUGGACCUGAUUACGGUGGUCAUUCGCAAAUUUGGUGCCCCCGUAGAACCUCAACGAUUAACGACGAUGGUGUCGUCCCUCACGUGGCAUAAUCAAGCACCGAUGCUCGCCGUGAUACGGGAUGGACGACUAAGAAUUUACUAUUUUCCACAAAUUCUAUACGUCGACGGAGCACUGUUGGAUUAUACGUGGGAGGAUCGUGACUUGGCAGAUCUUGGUCGCCAACCAGAAAUCCUGACUUAUGAAUCGAAUCGUGUCUCCAUCCGUAAACCGGACGGCGUCCUCAUCGUGGGGACAGCGUCCCCCUUCAUGGCUCACCUACAUCAGCACGCAAUGCUGGGAAAGUUUCCUGAAGCAAGGCGGAUAUGUCGAUAUGUUAAUAGUAAACUCGUGUGGGGUGUGAUGGCUGGGUUGGCCUCGUGGAAGCAAGAUCUCUCCCUGGCCGAAAUAUGUUACUCGGAACUACAACUUUACGAUAAGGUCAUGUUCGUGCAGGAUAUCAAGGAAAACGGUGCAGAUGAACCAACACGAAACGCCCUGCUCGCUAUCCUCUCCGGAAAUGUGCAAGAAGCAGAAAACAUUUUAAUGCAUUCUGGCCGAAUUGAAAAUGCGAUCGAGUUGAAUGUUAACUGUUGUAAAUGGGACAGAGCAAUCGAACUAUCUACAAAGCACAACCUCCUUCUAAACCUUGUCCUCAGCGCACGGAAAGAAUAUUUAGAAGAAAUCAAUGCAAAAGAGAGUAAUCAACUUUACAUCGACAUGGCGAAAAAACACCCCUCCGCUGGAAAGAGUAAGAGGUCGACACAGAAUAAGAAAAAGAAAUCGGCCGGUACUGAGCAACGCCAAGCACCACAAAUGGAAGAGGACCCCUCAAAUCCGGUCGCAUCAACGAGCAAAGCAUCAAUAAUACAUUCAUCUAACAUUGGCGGUGGCGAUGCAGGGUUGCGACCUAAGUCUAAACCUCAUCCAGUAGAACCAAGAAGUUUAAGCCCAGAUCCAGCAGAUGAAGAUCUCGAAAUGGAAUUACAACUCAAAGGAAAGUUUAAAGAGUUGGAAUUGGAACAGGACUUUUAUUAAUAAGUGAAUUACUAAUUGAACAAAAAGAACAAGGUUUAUCAUAUUCUAUCAAAGUUUAAAAGUAAAAAGUAUUCCAAAUAUUCUAGAAUUUUGGUUAAAGUAACAUAUUAUA